CUGGGUUAAAAUUCAACAUGGCCGUCAAUAAUGCAGGAAAAGGAAAAUCGGGAGAGUACUGAGCAGGCCGGUCUCUUAGGAUGAUCCGUGACCACGCGGCCGAAGCCCAAGCAUUCAGCGUGACACCCGAUCGAGUGACGAAUACGUGUGCGAUGCCGCGUGGCCGCGCGUGAGGGGGCGCCACCUCCGCAGGACGGACACGUACACAUCGACUGUGAUAUAUACGUCGUGGUCGCGCGUGACAUAGACGGACGCCGCGCUCUCGCGUGACAUAGACGGACGCCGCGCUCUCGCGUCGUGAACGUCGACGACGACGAUGGCGGCCCCCCUCGCGGUAUUCACGUGCCUGCCGAAUUCGCACGAGUUCGACGAGCGACACAUCCAUGUCACGGAACCCGUGAAAAUCGGCCGCUCAGUGGCGCGUGCCCGCCCGGCGGCGAACAACGCCAUAUUCGACUGCAAGGUGCUGUCGCGCAACCACGCGCUGCUGUGGUUCGAAAACGACAAGUUCUACCUGCAAGACACGAAGAGCAGCAACGGAACCUUCGUGAACAACCAGCGGCUGAGCAAGGGAUCGGAGGAAAGCCCGCCGCGGGAACUCUGCACGGGCGACGUCGUUCAAUUCGGCGUCGACGUCCUCGAGAACGCUCGCAAAG